CUUAUUUUCACGCUCCACAGGCAGUUAGUAGAUAUAAUAUAAAAGUGAAAAGAAAAGAUAUGGAUAAAUACAAAAAGUUAUUUAUAAACUGCGCACCGCAAAGCGAAGUGGGUUUUGUGGCAGGUAUAUAAUAACCUGCCAGACAAGGAAGUUAUUUAUGAGUUUUUGUUGAUUAUAUAUAAACUCCUUUUUUUGGUAUUGGGAGAAUUCAUUGAAGGUUAAAAGAUUUGUUGACUGUAAUAUUCGUUCUACUUGCAUUUCUUGUUUUACGAAAACCACGACUAAACAUUGAAAAUAUUUAUUUACCUGUCGGUUAUAGAAUCAAAUUGAACUCCUAAUAUACUUCCGCAUUCUUUUGAUAACAUUUGUUGAAGAUAUACAAGUCUGGAUUAAACCUUUAUGUUUUAAAUCACGGAGACAGUGCUCAUGAAGACAGAAGAUGGCGGAUUGGUCAACGUACGGCUUUCGCCUACAAUGUUCUGGAGCUCAGCAGGCAGGGUCUCAAGGUAUUUGCUCGCAGUACGAUGGUAGAAAAAUUGCUUGGGAACAUCAUGGUAGCCAACACGGACCUUCUCAACAACAGCAAUACACGGUGGAUAAACCUGGCAGUCGUGUUCGAGAAAACCGCGAAAGUCCUAUAUUAGGGAGCCAGUCCUCCGCAACGGAGCAAUACAUGGAUGUGGAUGAUCCUCUCAAUAAAGACCGAGAAAUGCCGACUUUGAAAAACACAACAGAAUUACUGGCGAAUUUAGAGGGUCUCCAAUCACUCGCUGAGCUUUCAAAACGGGAGCUGACGUCAAUCAAGCAGUCACUGUCGACCAGGAUACCAGAUGAAAACGCUAUACUGAAAAAAGAAUUAGAAAAUUUAAGAAAAGAAAACCAGGGACUGCAGAAGCGUGGUCAAGAAAUGCCAACAAAUACAAGGGAUAGAGAAAAGAUUAAGAACCUUGAACAGGAGAUCAAAACGGUAAAGGAGGCUCUUGAUAAAUAUAAGGACGCAUUUCAAGAUAUCAGUCAGAAACACAAGGAAGAACUUGCAAAAACACAAAGGCUUCAUCAAACACUGACAGAAUAUGAAAUGAACAGGGACAAAAUGGAGAACGAAUGUGAGUCGCUAAAGGAACAGUUGUCUAAUGUACAGAAACUAUAUGAAAAGAUAAAAGAAGAGAAGAAAAAGAGCGAAGCUGAUCUGUCUGAAUCAAGAACACGACUGAGUCGACUGAUGGGAAAUAAGCUUGCAAAUAACAACCCUGACAUAGCAGAUCUUAGUGAUAAGAACAGACCAACAAAACUUGCUGAGAAGAAUCAGGAACUCUAUGAUAACGAAUGGACCAAUGCAUUUGAAGUGAUCCAUGAACACUUUCAGAAUGAAGACAAGACGAUUCAAACACUGGUGCAAAUGCUACAGGAUAUAAAGACACAGUGUGAUACAUUUACUAAAGAACAAGAGCAAAAACUGAGCGAAGCGGUAAAACUGAAGCGUACAAGAGAAAAUCUUCCGGAGCAUAUGGUUAAACAGCUAAAAGACUUCAGAAGAUUUACAGCGGAAGUAUCUCUCCCAGAAGUAAAAGAGAGAUGUUGGAAGGCUGUCGCCUAUAUGUACAGUUCUCGGGUUUUCAAGGAUGAUGAUGUGCAAAGGUUUUUCCAGGGAUGUGUUGAGCUUUGCUGGCUGAUGAAUUUACAAGAUCCUCCCCUUGCCUUUGGAGAAACACCAAAGAGAAAUGAUGCAUUUGAUGGAAAUACCUACAAGUUCUACACCGAGACAGGACCGUUUGUCGAUUAUAUCGUUUGGCCUGCCCUUCUUUUAGAGAAAGAUGGGUCUCUGCUCAGCAAAGGUAUUGCGCAAGCGCAUAGGCGGCAGCAGACUGAGUUUUGCAAAAUGAAAAAUGCCGAAACUCCAAGAAGUAAUGCACCAAUGUCCGGUUCUCCCAAGCGUCUCCAGACUGCACCUUCAGGGCAGACUAAUGACCGCAAUAUUGAGGAAACCGGCAUCCAGCCAGAGAACCAGUAUCACGAUCAGGAGGAACGUUUUUUGAAUCGUCAAGGGCAAAAUUUUCCAAAGCAGACCUAUGAAAAGUCGCUUAUAGGUGGUCAGAACCUUUCGACAAAUAACGCGAAGAAUUUCAGCCGUACAACGACGGAACGUGCAAGUUCAUCUGUUGCAGAGAGAAUUAAUAAGAACUUGGGUGGCUCUCAAAGAGAAGGCUUAGUAGAAAGACAACUUCCUGUAAGACCAGAUGAAGGUUCAUGGCGGAGAUUUAAGGAUCUUUUAAGACUUUAUAAUAUUGAUAGUCCUGAAGUGCACCUAGGUGUCGGUGAUAAAUAUAACAUCUGCAAAGAAUACUACACUUAUGUUUUCGGUGGAAAGACAGGGACGGCCGUGUAAAAUACCUUAAAUAUAUAUACGCUUUUUGUAAGACCGUACUCUGCACAUUAUAAAUCAUAACCACAUACUUACGAAAGUAUGAAACUUCAGAAAAUGUAAAUAACAAUCUGCUAUAGAAGCUAGAAAUAUGUCGUUUAACAUUGGCAUAGGUCUUGUCAGCAUUUUAUGCAUAGUCAUAAAUAAAUAAUAGCGUGUUCAUGUCAUGUUGCAAGUUAAUAGUUGCUUUUGUCAGUCUUAAAAUUUGGUAGCGUUUAUUAAUGCUUCAAAAUGAUCUUCUUAUAGAGUAAAUAUAAAAUUGCGUUUUACUUUUUUAAGGGAUUCUGUUUCUAGUAAAAUUGAACAUUUACUUUAUUUAAUAAAAUUUACAUUCGC